CAACACAAAGCUUACGCCAGAAUUGACUGAGUGAAUUUUUCUAAGUUAUAUAAUUCUGAUUAACAUGAAAGAACAAUUAAACGCCAAAAAUUUACAGUCUGGUUAAUCAACGAGGCUUUAUCUCAGCUGAAAAAGUAAAUAUUUGCUCUAAUUUUGAGACACGUGUAGCUUUUCAAUAGUUAUUUUUCACUUUGAGGAGGGGUCCGUUAGACUUUUUGUCAUGACAGAAUCAGAAGCAUUGCAUUCUAGAGACCACUUAGUUCAGUUUGACUCGGUUAUAAACACUCCAAAAGUGAAUUCGAUGUCGUUGAACAGUUUGAGUUCCAAAUUUGACCUGAGUUCACUGCCCACUGCAACUCUGCUACGGAUGCUAGACAAUGACAAAAGUGAAUCUCAACCACGCUUCGACUCGAGUUACCAUCCCGAAGUGUCUUCGUCUUCAGUGGGGAGGUAUCUGGGAUUGCACUACGAGAGACCUCUCUCGCCCGGAGGCAUCAGAGAGACCACAGUGCCACUGUCCAGUUCAAAGUUCACAGCUGACCUCGAGGCACUUGACUGGACGCUGAAAGGAGAUCUUCUUGAACUGAAGAGAAGCUACUCGAUGACAGUUGAUCACCAGAUGGGAGAGAUAGAACGACUGAGUGAACAACUAGAGCAGACAGAGAGACAGCUGAGGAGCAGGAAGUCCGAGUUCGAAUCCCUCUCUCUCCGCUCUCAGGCCAAGGUGGACUCACUGCAACAGCAGGUGGAUGAACUGACCGCACAACUGGGUGCUGUUACUGCCAAUUCAGAUGCAAAAGAUCACGAAAUUUCAAAUCUAUCGAGGAGUCUCGAAGCCAGUGAUAACAGGUGCUCCCAACUAGCCGAACAGUUGCGCCACCUCAAAGCAGAGAUGGACAAACGAGAGAGAAACCAUAUGGUGACAGUUGAGUCGAUCAACUGCAAAAUCGACGAAAUGAACUCGCAACAUCAGCAGGAAAGUGAGAAACUGAAGAAACUCCAUGCGGAAAAGCUGGAAUACGAAGUAGAAAAGGUUCAAAGAAGUCUGAGGGAGUCGCAUGAGAGUGAGGCGAGGAGAGGUGAGAGGUCAUUUGAGACGACGAAGGAGAAACUGGAGCAAACUAUAGCCGAGUUGAGCGCCAGAAUCACCAGAGACAGCGCCGAGCACCGGUCAGCAAUCGAAAAAUUAAAAGAUGAUCACGAACGAUCUCUUUGCUUUGCGUUGACGAGAGAAAAGGACCGAGCUCAGGCCGAGUUGCACGACUUACAAAGAUCACUGUCCAACAAAAACGAGUACGAAGUGGACUCCCUCAGAAGAAAACUAGCCAAUCAGAAUCAAGAUACGGAAGAGAAGAAAAGACGAGUUGAAAACGAGGUUGAACUUCUCAAGUCACGUGAGAAAGGUCUGAAUGACGAAAUUGACAUGCUCAAAAAACGUCAUCGUGAAGAACUGGAGUCUCUAAAAUCUAAACUAGAAUCUCAGCAUGCUUCAGAAUCUCAAAAACUGGAGGAAAAAAUGAAAAGGAAACUGGAGGCUGAGAUAGAAAAAGAAAGAGCAGAUAAAAAGGUUGUGGAACAGAAUCUGCAAGUUUCAGAGACGAAGUUGGCUGACAUCAAGACUAAAUUUGUAUCUCUUGAGGAGCAACUACAGAAGCUAGAGCAGAGGACAAUCAAUAGUAUUGAGAAGACGAGUGUGAAGCUGGUGAAAGCGUUGGGAGUGAGUGACCCCCGGACAGACAGGUCUCAGACAGUGUCAUCUGCUCUGGAGUUCCUCAGGUGGACUGCCAAAGAGACCAUCAACAUGAUAUCCACCAACCAGACUCUGGUGCUGGACAUUUGUGACAAGUGGAAGAAGUUUGAGCGGGAGAAGAAUGGAGAGGUGAAGCGACUGAGGGAACAGUUCGACCAGGAGACGGACGGACUGAUUGAGUUCUCCAAGCAAGAGAUAGGCCAGUCCUACAGACACAAUAUGCGACAGUUCACUCCCAUUCCCGACUCAUGAGCUAAUCAUGACUCAUCGCCUGAAGAUUAGAAGAAACAAAAACAUGUAAAUUGAGGAGCCUAAAUGAAACAAGUUUCUUAAAAGUAUAAAGAAAACCAUGUAAUUCUUUAACUAAAUUAAAAAAACUGCACUAACAUACUUUUUUGCAUUUUAAUUUUGGAAAUAAAUAAUUAUCAAGUGAGUCUCUGAAAUUGAUUUAUUCAACAUUAA